CUGUCACGCACAUCCCCUCCCUACGCGUUGCACUUCACACUUCCCCCAGCAUGACCAUCUGCUCAUGAAGCUAGCGUGAUACGUCGUCCACUUCCGUCGUAACACAUUCUGGAUAGUAUCUUAUCAUGGCCGCCUAGGUAAAGCGGAACGCCAUGCCGUUCCAAAGCAGCGUCGACGGAUGGCCCCGUUUGCUGCCUGUGCGGGGGCAACAGGCACGGCGAGCCGCCUCCCGACGUAGUCCGGCGAAUCACGUACCACGACAGGUCGUCGCGCCCCAGGGAGGCUUCCAGCGCAGCGGGAGCAUUCCGGCUUGCAAUCUCUGGAAAGGCGCGGAACGGCGGAGAUCGCAGACGAGCGGAGGGGCGGAGCGAGCAGGAGGAUGGCGGAGGAAGCGGAAAGGGAGCGGCGAGGGGAGCCGGGGCGGAACACGCCGCGGAGGGGGAGUCGCGCGAGAUGCGGUGGCCGCCAAUGCGGCCAGAUCCGCACUUCGCGGACGUGCGCGGGUGGCUGGGGCCGCUGCUGGGGCCGGUGGCGGAGAGAAGCGGCGCUGCUGGCGCGUGGGUGCACCGCGAAUGCGCCGUCUGGAGCCCCGAGGUGUUCUUCUGCGCCGCCAACCAGCUGAAGAACGUGCCUGCAGCCGUGCGGCGGGUGCGGCUGCAGCGUCUUAAACACCCCUUCCUUCCCACCCCCCUCCCUUUAGGUGUUCUUCUGCGCCGCCAACCAGCUGAAGAACGUGCCUGCAGCCGUGCGGCGGGGGCGGCUGCUCAAGUGCAGCCGGUGCGGACGCAGUGGGCGAAUAUCGGGUGCAGGGAGGAGCGGUGCCCGCACACGUACCACCUGCCCUGUGCACGCUACGACGACUGUUUCUUCGACCACAAUGAUUUUCUCAUCUCCUGCCCGCUCCACACGCGCUCCCUCAUGCUGCGUCGCCACGGCUCCCACCUGCCCGAAUUCAACGCCUUUUUCGGGCAGCCCGCGGGCAGGCUGUCCGGGCAGAUGGCCAAGGAGCGCAGGAGGCGAGUCAGGGACCUCGCUAGGGUCCAGCCCGUUCGGCUGGGGGGAGCGGUGACGUGGCGUGCAGGUGCGGGUGCUGCUGCCAGGUCACUGGCCACGGCAGCUGGUGCUGGUUCUGAUCCGGUUGCUGGGAGUGGGAGGGGGUCACGGGUUGAACCAGGGGGAGGGUGGGGAGAGGCUGGAGCAGGAGCAGGAGCAGGAGCAGUAGGGGAAGAAGGAAAUAGCUCUAGGUUGACGAGUGUUUUUCACACUGACCGUGACUAUGCUGAGCGUGAUAAUGUGAAUAGUGAGGCGCGGCCAGAUGCACUGGCUGACAACACGAAUGAUCCAGUGCCAAGGCAUGGCGCCCCCAGUGGCAGCGCUGACGUGGCAGGAUCUGGUUGGGGAGUGAGUGAGGGAGUGAGUGAGGAGUCGGGGUGGGCAGCAGACGGCAGUGAUGGGUGUGAUGGGGAGGGGGAGAUGGCAGCAAAGAGAGACAGGGUUGCAGCAGACUCGGAGAUUCCGGAAGGAGAGAGAACAGAGAAACCGGCAGCAACUGCCCGGGGGGAUUCUAGGGUCAGGGCUGCUGCAGACUUGGAGAUAGUUCCUGGAGGCGAAGGCGAACAAUCAGGAGUGACUGCCGGGGGGAACAGUUGGGACGCGAGAGCUAGAGCAACAGGAGCAGCAGCAGAAGGAGCAGCAGCAACAGCAGCAGCCGCUGGGUCAGCAGGACGAGUGAGAGACGCCGUGGAGAGCGGCACCCAGACAGCAUCACCUGACGCACUAGAUCCUGCAAACGCGACAGAAACCGCCAAGGCGCCACUGUCUACACCAGCAGCACCUGCACCAGCAGAAGCAAAAGCAGCAGCAGCACCAGCAGAAGCAGUAGCAGAAGCAGCAGAAGCAGCAGCAGCAGCAGCAGCAGCAGAAGGAGCACCAGCAGAAGCACACCCCCCUCCUGUCCCCCCCACCUCCGCCUUCCCUCCCUGGUCCGCCAUAGGCGGGCUCCGCCCCGUCAUCCUCUCCCUCACAGAGCUCGUCCUGCUGCCCCUGCGCUACCCAGCCCUCUUCCCCUCACUCGGGAUCGCACCCCCACGCGGCGUGCUCUUGCACGGGCUGCCGGGCACCGGGAAGACCCUUGUCGUGAGGGCGCUGGCAGGGGCGUGCGCGCGGGGGGAGCGGGAAGUGGCGUUUUUCGCGCGGCACGGGGCGGAUUGCCUGGGGAAGUACGUGGGGGACGCGGAGAAGCAUCUGCGGCUGCUGUUUGAAGUUGCGAAGCAACGACAGCCGUCGAUUAUCUUCUUCGAUGAGCUGGAUGGGCUCGCACCAGCGCGGGGCCCGAACCAGGACCCGACUCACAGCUCGGUGGUGGCCACUCUCCUGGCGUUGCUAGACGGGUUGGAUUCGAGGGGGGCGGUUACCGUGAUUGCAGCCACCAAUAGGAUUGAUGCGAUUGAUCCUGCCCUGCGCCGCCCGGGCAGGUUCGACCGUGAAAUUUUCUUUCCGCUGCCCGGGGUCAAGGACCGGAAGGCUAUUUUGAAAGCGAUAACACGAGGGUGGGGGGCAGGGGUGGCACCUUCUGGGAAAGUUCUUGAGGAGUUGGCGGGGAGGAGUGAGGGUUUUGCAGGGGCAGAUCUCCGAGCAGUCUGCAACGAUGCGCUGAUGGCUGCCCUGAGAAAAAAUUUUCCCAUGGAGACGGCUUUGGCACUCGAUGCGCUGCCCGGGGCUGAAGCGUUCGGUUCUGGGCAGCCCCAAAUGCCCGCAGCGGGAACACCCUCUUGUCCACGUGGCACAAACUCAUUGGUGCAAGCGAAGAUGUAUCGUCUGCCUAUCCCUGAGAUCCAGGUGGAUGCACAGGAUUGGCUGGCAGCGUUGCAGCGCGCACAGGUGCCUUGUGCCCUCCGAACCGCAGCAGCCAGCUUCGGCAAAUUAGGUCUGGCCACCGUGCCUCGGUAUCUGUUACCAAUCCUGGCCCCUGCUUUGGUUCGGCUGGUCCGAUCACUGGCUGAGACUGCAGGGGUUGGGGACGUUAUGCGAGAUGGGAUGAACGGUUGGGAUGGGUGGAAGGUGGUGGGGAGAGGAGGAGAGAGUAGUGAAGGGGACAGGAUAGGGGAUGAGGAGGAGGAUAGUGAGGAGGGUAGUGAGGAGGGUAGUGAGGAGGAAGGGGAGGAGGAGGGGGAGGAGGAGGAUGAGAUGAGGGAGAGUGAGGAAGGAACGAGUGAAGAGGGAGAAGAAGAGGAGGGGGAGGAGCAGGAUGGUGGAGGAAGAGGGAGCGGGGGAGGAGGAGGGGUGUCAGGGGAGUGGGCGGUUUUUGAGCAGCUGAGUGCCAUGCUGGACUCUCAGCUUGCUUCCUCGGCAUCUCUGCUGCUGCCAUCCUCAUGUGUCGGCGCUGCCUGCAUUCAUGUUGUGGGCAAUGUUGACGGUCAAGAGCAGGGUGGAGAAGGACAGGAGCAGGGCGAAGGGGAGGGAGAUAAGGAGGGGGGCGAGGAGGGAGGUGUGGCAGGGGAGAGGCACGUGCGGGACGUGAGUGGGAGUGGACGAAUUGUGUUAAGUCUCCACUCUCUCCCCUCCUGCUGCUUGCAGCAAUCUCUAAGGGUAGAUGGGCUUGGCUGCACGGGAGGGCGUAGAGGGAAGAGGAAUGACGGAGAGGAGGAAGAUGGGAAGGAAAGCGGAAUGGAGAUGGGGGGGCCUGUUCAGUGUGUGAGGGAGGGAGGAGUUGAGGGCGAGGGGGCUGGGGAAGAGGAGAAGGAAGAAGGAGAGGAAGUUCAGUGUGGGGAGGAGGCAUGGCAGGAGAAGGGCGAUGUGGCAGGCAAAUCAGGCGACGAGCUCUCACUGGCUGGGCGGUGGAGGCCCGCAGCAGCAGCAGGAGCAGCAGGAGAAGCCGCAGCAGGAGCAGCAGCAGGAAGCUCAACGAGGGAACCAUCAGCAGCAGCAGCAGCAGGAAGCACCAACUGUGUGGCGGACCGAGCAGGAGCGGCGGCUGCUGGGAGGGCUGGCCUG